GUUAGGCUGGGGCCGCGCAAAGCGUUACCUGGUCUCACUGUGUGCAAGCUGGUUAGAUUUCUGUCAGACGAACCGGGAACAGACAUUUGGAGGAAUCUUCAAGACAAAAUGUGGGUAUGUGCAACCUGUUAUCAUAACAACGAUGCCGCCAAUGACAGUUGUCAAGGAUGUGGAACAUCCAAAUUGAUGAGGAAGAGAAUUGUGAAAAGGGAUGCACAACGGACAUCUCCUCACCUGCCUGUUCAGGCUCCUCCACCUCCUCCAUUGCAGAUGGUCGAUCAAGUCUACACUAAGCCAACGCAGAAGGUGGCCCGUGUCAAUCCUAUUCCAAAACCCUCACGACAAGGAAUUGAAUUGGGCGAAUUGAGACUGGUACUACUUGGUAAAACUGGAGCAGGAAAGAGUGCAACAGCAAACACAAUAAUGAAUAAGAAGGUUUUUGAUUCAAGAUCGUCGAUGACCUCGGUAACCGAAAAAUGUCAGUUUGUUCAUGGCGAUUUAUUUGGCAACACCGUCCAGAUUGUUGAUACACCCGGAUUAUUUGACACCAACACAAAGAAGGAGGUUAUUAAUACAGAAAUUAAGAAAUGUAUUGCACUUUCGGCCCCAGGACCACAUGCCUUUUUGUUGGUUUCAUCCUUAACCAACAGGUUCACAGAGGAAGAAGGGAAAGUCUUUGACGAAAUUGACGACAUGUUUGGGGAGCAAGUGCUCAACUACAUGGUCAUCGUCUUCACUGGAAGAGAUCAGAUCGAACCUAAGACAGUGGAGAAACACAUUCAAGGCGCACCUGACAAAUUAAAACAGAUUUUAAGUAACGCUGGAGGAGGAUAUGUCACCUUCAACAACAGAGGAAAGGAACUUGAAAAGGAAGCGGAUGUAAAAUGCCUUAUUCAACGCAUCAAAGACACAGUGAAUAAGAAUGGAGGGAAACAUUUCACCUCAAAAAUGUUCCAGGAGGCAGAAGAAAUUAUUCAAGAGAGAAUCAAGAGAGAUAGAGCUGACAAAGAAAAAGAGAUGAGAAGGGAAAUUGAGGAAGAAUUGCGCGAAGAGAUGAACGAGUUCAUGCAGAACGAGAGGGAGUAUUAUGAGAAGCUUCAUGAAGCCAAUGUGAAAGAAAUGGAAGAUUUAAAACUUCAACUAAAGGGAGAGCGGGAUACACAUGCCAGAAAGCGUUCACUUGUUAGAGAGAAUGAGAGGACCAUGGGGGAGCUGGUACAGAGUGAGAUGGAGAUGAGGGCAAAGAAGAACAAACUUGUAGGGCAGUUGCAGAAGGCUGAUGGUGAAGAGAAAGUACAAAUGCAGCGUCAACUGGCAAAUGUUGGGGAGGAGGUGACGCGCAUACUUGCUGAAAGGAAGAGAGUAGAAGAUGAAGUCACAAAUGACCGAUUUUCAGCAGAAUGUAAUUUGAGAGCACAACAAGUAAGAGAAACUGAAAGGGAAAACAUACAGAACGAAGAUGAAGCAACACUCAGUAGAUUCGCUGCAGGCAUGAAGAAUAUGGGGAGGCGUUUUCUCAAGUUAUUUAAGUAGGCAUACGUAGUGUGACAUUUAGUGAAGAUGAAGCAACACUCAGUAGAUUCGCUGCAGGCAUGAAGAAUAUGGGGAGGCGUUUUCUCAAUUUAUUUAAGUAGGCAUACAUAGUGUGACAUUUAGUGAAGAUGAAGCAACACUUCGAAGAUUCGCUGCAGGCAUGAAGAAUAUGGGGAGGCGUUUUAACAAGUUAUUUAAGUAGGCAUACAUAGUGUGACAUUUAGUGAAGAUGAAGCAACACCUCGAAGAUUCGCUGCAGGCAUGAAGAAUAUGGGGAGGAGUUUUCUCAAGUUAUUAUCACCCGCCACGAAGUGGAAGGGGGAUAUAGGAAUGGGUGCGUCCGUCCGUCCGUCGCAUUUCGAAAGUAUUUUUCAAAUUUCCAUGGCAACGAUUUUGGCUUAGACUGAAAAUGGCGGUAGUCCUCGU